CGGCAGUUCGAGGCAAGCAAAGUCGGCCGGGCUGGAGAGGGAGCCCGGGGAGCCUGGAUGCGGAGCCGACGGGCGCCGGAGCUUUGGCGGGCCAGCCGAAAGGCACGAGCAGACGGACCGCCGGCGCCCUCUCGCUCCGCGGAGCGCGCCAACCUUGCGGAGGGCUGAGGAAGCGAGCCAGCUGCCACCCCCGGACCCCUCGGCCGGCUCCUAUGGGCACGAAACACUCUUCCCGCUGCCUGCUCCUCAGGAGGAAAAUGGCGGAAAGCGCGGCGGAGAACACCGAGGUUGGCAGUGGCUCUUCCCAGCCCAUUCAGCCUCCAGCUGUUCCAAAGCCUGUCCAAUCCACCAUUCCUGUUCCAGGCAGAGGAAAAAUAGCAAAACUCCUGAAUCCAGAAGAGAUGACAUCAAGGGAUUAUUACUUUGAUUCAUAUGCCCACUUUGGGAUUCAUGAGGAGAUGUUGAAGGAUGAGGUGCGCACAUUAACGUACAGGAACUCCAUGUAUCACAAUAAACAUGUUUUUAAGGAUAAGAUUGUGUUGGAUGUUGGAAGUGGCACAGGGAUCCUUUCAAUGUUUGCAGCAAAGGCAGGAGCCAAGAAAGUUUAUGGGAUUGAAUGUUCCAGUAUAUCUGACUACUCAGAAAAAAUUGUCAAGGCAAAUCACUUGGACCACAUAAUCACAAUAUUUAAGGGUAAAGUAGAAGAAGUUGAAUUGCCUGUGGACAAAGUAGACAUCAUCGUCAGUGAAUGGAUGGGCUACUCACUUUUCUAUGAGUCCAUGCUUAACACUGUCAUCUUCGCUAGAGACAAGUGGCUGAAACCUGGGGGACUUAUGUUUCCAGACCGGGCUGCAUUGUAUGUGCUAGCAAUUGAAGAUAGGCAGUACAAAGACUUCAAAAUCCACUGGUGGGAGAAUGUAUAUGGCUUUGAUAUGACCUGUAUCAGGGAUGUUGCCAUGAAGGAACCCUUGGUGGACAUUGUAGACCCAAAGCAGGAAGUGGAUAUUUAUACAGUGAAGACUGAGGACCUGGUGUUUACCUCUGCCUUUUGCCUCCAAAUUCAGCGCAAUGACUACAUUCACGCCUUGGUUACUUACUUUAAUAUAGAAUUUACAAAGUGCCACAAGAAAAUAGGGUUUUCUACAGCACCAGAUGCCCCUUACACCCACUGGAAGCAAACUGUCUUCUACCUGGAGGACUACCUAACUGUAAGAAGGGGUGAAGAACUCUAUGGAAGUAUAUCCAUAAAGCCAAAUGAAAAAAAUGUGCUAGCUGAGGAAACAUUGAAAUUGCAAUCCUGAACACACAUUCUGCUGGAACCAGCAGGAUGGACGUGAGCAAAAUCUUUUAAUGAAUGAGCAGUCUUUCUUACCUGUUUACUGUACUUUCUGAAAAAUGCUUGAACUUGUUAGUACAAGCUAGGAGUUGGUUCAAAACAAAUAAGCACCAUUAUUUUAUGAAUACAGUGUUUGUUCUAUUUCUCUGUCUGUAAAAGUCGAUUUUGGUUCCUGGUUCAACGGCGGCAGUGGCAGUGAGGGACGUUGGAAUUGUGUUUCCAUUGUGAUGAGUUGUAUGGAACCGUCCCAAAAUUCACCACCUGGCAUUUAAGUAUGAAACAUACAGACUUGGAGCUUUAUGAAAUGGUGUGUUCCUUUCUUGCUGUAAACAA